UGAGGAACAUUUUGACUUACAACACAUCUCUGCCAACCCCGAAACUGGUUCCUCCAGGACUGUACCCACCUAUCUCUCAUUGUCUCUCCAUAACUCCUCCUUCUUUCCUUUCAUCACGAUUUACUAUAAUCGACCAGAUAUUGAGAGAACAAGGAGAGUUCUGAUUGAUUUAGUCCCAGCUCAUACUCCAGCCGGUACCAUGGACACACCUUCCAAUAAUGAAUAUGCUCCACUGGUGUCAGAUGAUCAUUUGUCCUCAAAUAAUUCUGAUCAUCCCUCUGACCUGAGGAUCGUUCUGGUGGGGAAGGUAGGAGCAGGGAAGAGUUCAUCAGGAAACACCAUCCUGGGUCUUUCAUACCCUGAGGGGUUUAAGGAUGAAACCUCUCCAAACUCUGUAACUACAAAGUGUGAAAUGCGGAGUGCAGAGGUGGCUGGAAAGAAGAUUGAUGUAAUCGACACUCCAGGCAUAGACGAUCAAUUACUGAAAGAUAGAUGGGCUAUCACCAAAUUGAUCAGAAAGUUUGGUAGAGCAGAGAAAGAGGCUAUAGCAGAGUGUGUUAAUAUGUCUGCCCCAGGCCCCCAUGUGUUCCUGCUAGUGAUCAAGCUGACCAGGUUUACAAAAGAGGAGAGAAAUGCAGUGAAAUGGAUCGAGGACAACUUUGGCCGGAACGCAACACAGUAUAUCAUCAUACUAUUCACUGGUGGGGAUGCCCUAAAGAGAGACAAUAAGAAUAUAAAGGACUUUGUGAGAGCGCAUCCCGAACUCAUGGCACUAGUCCACAGAUGUGGCUACAGGUGUCAUGUAUUUGACAACACAACGAGGGAUGAAACCCAGGUCAGCAAGUUGCUGGAUAUGAUAGAGGAUGUGGUGGAAUGGAAUGGAGAUCACUACACCAAUGCCAUGUACAAGGAAGCGCAGAAGAAUGUUAAGAAAAAAUUGUUGAUAGGUGUGGCCAAAGAAGCAGGUUUGGGUCUGGCUGGGGUCGUUGCAGCCCCCUUAGAAAUUGCAGUUAUUACUGGGUUGGUUGUAGGCGGGGCCGCCAGUGGUGCUAUAUCAAGCUAUAAAAAGUAGACCUGUGAGAAGGAAACAUCUUUAUCCAGGUCGGCAUUAGCCAAUGUCCACACAUUGGCUAAUGUAACAUGGGUUAAAAGAGUUUUUAUGAUUGAAUACUGUACGAUCUCUUAACACUUUAUGGUCUUAUUUUUCUUCUUUUAAUAAUUUCUUUUAAAUAUGUUUUGAAAUGUGUAUGCUAUGCUAUAUUUGUAGCACAUUUAGUAUUCUGAAUGCUGUGUGUUUUGCAUUAUACAUACAGAAUUAAUCUGCUUGUGUCCUGACCCACACAUCUUCACAUCAACAUAUUUCCCUUGUUCUCUCUAAGUUGCACUGGCUGCCAGUACAAUCUUGAAUUGAUUUUAAAAUGAUUCCAGUCUCCAGUCACACCUCAUACUCCCCCCUGACCUCUUUGGUCAGUUGACUAUCACUGUACCAGCCUCUCUGCAGCUGACUCUAUCUCCCUGUACCAGCCUCUCUGCAGCUGACUCUAUCUCCCUGUACCAGCCUCUCUGCAGCUGACUCUAUCUCCCUGUACCAGCCUCUCUGCAGCUGACUCUAUCUCCCUGUACCAGCCUCUCUGCAGCUGACUCUAUCUCCCUGUACCAGCCUCUCUGCAGCUGACUCUAUCUCCCUGUACCAGCCUCUCUGCAGCUGACUCUAUCUCCCUGUACCAGCCUCUCUGCAGCUGACUCUAUCUCCCUGUACCAGCCUCUCUGCAGCUGACUCUAUCUCCCUGUACCAGCCUCUCUGCAGCUGACUCUAUCUCCCUGUACCAGCCUCUCUGCAGCUGACUCUAUCUCCCUGUACCAGCCUCUCUGCAGCUGACUCUAUCGCCCUGUACCAGCCUCUCUGCAGCUGACUCUAUCUCCCUGUACCAGCCUCUCUGCAGCUGACUCUAUCUCCCUGUACCAGCCUCUCUGCAGCUGACUCUAUCUCCCUGUACCAGCCUCUCUGCAGCUGACUCUAUCUCCCUGUACCAGCCUCUCUGCAGCUGACUCUAUCGCCCUGUACCAGCCUCUCUGCAAAUUAAAAACCAUGGGUAAAAAGGGCCAUCUCAUGCACUCCUCCUAAACUGUUACACUCACUACCUGUUUCCAUCAGAAAUGUUCCUUCGUUUGGCCAUUUUGAGAAUUUGCUUCAAACGUAACUUUUUUUAUCAGGUUUUUAAUUGUUAAUGUAAUUGUCUGUUCUUCUUGUUGUUGUAUGUUAUGUUUUAGGAUUGUAAUUUGUACUGCAGUGCAGUAAAUUAGUCUAUAACCUUUUUUUAAAUCUAGAAUUCUAAAUGAUUGAAAUAUGACUUUAAAAUUGGUGUCUAGUUGUCUAGUUAUAACUGUUGCGAAUGAAGGGACCUUUUUAUACCUGUAAUCACAUGAUUCCAAAAUACGUACAGUAUGUUGGAUCAUUAUGUUGGAUUUUUAGAAAGUCACUGGUUCCCUUGAUUUAAUUCAAGUGCUCUACAAGUCAUUCUGCUCUCAAGUUAAUUUGACAGAAACAUUUAUGUUUGACAGUUUGAUGGUUGACCCAAGAGAAGACUAUACACAAGUCUUGAUGUAGUUUAUAAUGGUCAGUUUAGGACGUAUAUGGGUAUAUGCUGCAUAUAUAAUUAUAAAGCAUAUUUAGUCGAAUAGUAUUGUGGCAGGAUGUAUGUUGUUAUCUGAGUUUGACACUGUACCAUUGUUUUUCCCUGCUUUUUGACAUGUAACAUGAUUUUUAAGCCCGCUCUGCUCUCAAUAAA